AUCAGAAAAAAUUUGUGUUUUGGUUAGUUGCUCUCCGGCUCUCAAAUUCAAAAGUACUUGCUCGCGGGAUCCGCAGAUCGUGGAAUCUGAAAACAAUUUCCGUACAACAAUUCAGACAUGGGUCAGACACGCGUGGCAACAACAACGGCGGAAGCUUCGGCGGUGGUACUUUCCCCUGAAACAAAUGGCCAAGAAGAGGAGCUACAGCUGCUGGGGGAGAACAGCUGGGAGGAAUUCUCCAUCGAAGUUCCCUGGGGAACCGUUGAGGGAAAGUGGUGGGGCUCCAAGGAGCAACAGCCCAUCAUAGCCCUUCAUGGGUGGCAAGACAACUGUGGCAGCUUCGACCGUCUGCUGCCUCUUCUUCCGUCAGACAUUUCCAUCCUAGCUAUCGAUCUUCCCGGGCACGGAAAAUCCUCGUUCUAUCCGCAGGGCAUGCAGUACUUCAUCUUUUGGGAUGGCAUAUGCCUGAUCCGCCGGAUAGUACGAAAAUAUAAUUGGAAAAAUGUCAGCCUGCUGGGUCAUUCGCUGGGCGGGGCCCUGACUUUUAUGUACGCUGCUAGUUUUCCCGAGGAAGUGGAUAAGCUGAUCAACAUCGACAUUGCUGGUCCUACGGUGCGAGGCACCCAAAGAAUGGCAGAAGGUACUGGCAAGGCACUGGAUAAGUUUUUGGACUACGAGACACUCCCGGAGAGCAAACAGCCCUGCUAUUCAUACGACGAGAUGAUCAAGCUGGUACUGCACGCAUAUGACGGCUCCGUGGAUGAACCCUCGGUCAAGGUGCUGAUGAAGCGGGGAAUGCGGCAUAAUCCAAGCAAAGAUGGAUAUUUGUUUGCUAGGGAUCUCCGCCUGAAAGUAAGCUUACUAGGAAUGUUCACCGCAGAGCAGACGUUGGCCUAUGCCCGCCAGAUUCGCUGCAAGGUGCUUAACAUUCGGGGUACACCGGGCAUGAAGUUCGAGACACCACAAGUCUAUGCGGAUGUGAUUGCCACGCUAAGGAAAAAUGCCGCCAAAGUAGUCUAUGUCGAAGUGCCCGGCACCCAUCACCUUCACUUGGUCACCCCGGAUCGAGUGGCACCGCAUAUCAAAAAAUUCCUGAAGGAAGCGUAAGAUCCUAUCAACGAUUAAGUAGAACAUUACUUAAGUUAAAGACUAGAUAAAAAAUACUGAGUGUAUAUAGUUAGUAUAUAUCAUCCCAUAUGUGAUUUGUCAGUGAACAAAGGUAUGUGCCCGACUUCGUGGUUUUAAAUGUUAUGGUAAUUAAUAAACACAAAUUUAUGACAAACAAA